AUGACUUUUCAUAGUUGGUUUACAGGCCUAAAAGAUCUUAAAAAGAUACUAGAGAAACAAGAAGCAAAAUACACAAAUGCACGAACCUUUUUACAGAACACAAAGAUGAUUAUGGCAAAAAUUAAGACAUGCGAUUGGAGUCCUUUGGAUGACAAUUUAGUCCAAAUUCGCGUGUCUACAUUAAAGGGAUUGCUUCAAACGGCUAUAUCCAAAGGUGUAGAAAAAAGUUAUCCAACACUUGUGAACUUAAUGAAUCAUGAUACAGGAACAAAAAUAGACGACCCUGUGAUCGAGUUGCCUGAAAUAUUGGAAUAUUUCGAUGAUCCUAGAGAAAUUCUUUCGGAUGAGGAAAUGUUGCUUUUCGAUGAAAAUAUUGAUUUU